CAAGACUAGGCACUCUAGGCAGUUGCUACAUGGGUGUAGUUCAAGUUCAGCCGCGAAUGGGAUGCGGUCGUAAUAUAAUUCGUGGAGAGACAAUCGUGCGCGCUCAGCAGAGCUCAUCUUCAGAGAAUGUUGUUUGUUUUAAGUCUAAUUAUUGCUACCAUCGGUUAUGUGCUGUUCAACCAUCACAAAAAACGACAGAAACUGUUGGAGAUCCAGUCGCACUUCGGUGGUCCGGAAUCGCAUUACUUUCUGGGUACUAUGCCAAAGUUCUUCGGUAAAAGUAUUGCAGAUAUAUUCGACAUCGUAACGGGGCUUCACAGCAUCCACGGAGAGGACUUCAUCGUCAUAUCGGCGUUUAACGAUUUGGUGCUAGAAUUGUCCAGUUCUAAAAAUGUAGAAAAAGUUUUGCUUGCCAAGUCCGUCAAGAAAUCGUUUGCGUAUGACUUCAUCGAACCUUGGCUAGUGAUUUCCUCUGGCGCGAAAUGGUUUCAGCGACGAAAAAUUAUUACACCUACCUUCCAUUUCAAUAUGUUGGAGAGUUUCUUGGAUGUGUUCAACAAGGAAGCCGAUAUUUUGGUGUCGAAGCUUGAACCUCUCGCCGGAAAGGGGGAAUUUGACAUUUAUGAGUAUGUUACUGUUUACGCUCUGGACAGCAUUUGUGAGACAUCGAUGGGAGUUCAGAUUCAUGCCCAGGACGAUCCAAACAACGAGUACGUCACGGCGGUAAAACAGAUGAGCACCUUUAUUUUACGACGAGUUUUCAGUGUCCUGCGAUCAUUUCCUUCACUAUUCUUUCUGUACCCGUAUGCAAGAGAGCAGAAGCGAGUGAUCAAGAAAUUACAUGAUUUUACCAAUUCUGUAAUUGACUCGCGUCGCCAGAUGUUGAAACAGGAGAAAUUAACUGCCAAAGUGAAGGACAAAGUUCAAGAGGAAGACGUUUACACUAAACGUAAAGUGACUUUCCUGGAUCUGCUGUUACACGUGACGGUCGAUGGAAAACCUCUCAGCCGAGAGGAUAUCCGUGAAGAAGUCGAUACGUUCAUGUUCGAAGGACACGAUACCACUACUUCGGGUAUUUCUUUCACUGUUUGGCAUUUGGCCCAGUAUCAGGAAGUCCAACAAAAGCUUUAUGAAGAAAUUAUUCAAAUUCCGGACUUGGAUAAAUCAAACACUAAACUAACCAACAUACAGAUUCAAGAGCUAGAAUAUCUGGACAUGGUGGUGAAGGAAUCGAUGCGUUUGGUUCCUCCUGUACCGAUCAUUGGUCGCACACUGCUGGAGGAUAUGGAAAUAAAUGGAACCACGAUUCCGGCCGGAACGGCUGUUGGGAUUAAGAUCUUCAAUAUACACCGAAAUCCGAAAAUCUGGCCCGAUCCGGAAAAAUUCGAUCCGGAACGAUUUUCCAAGCACAACGAAAGCAAACGUGGCCCGUACGAUUACAUUCCGUUCAGUGCUGGAUCUCGGAACUGUGUCGGUCAGCGGUACGCGAUGAUGGAACUGAAAGUGACGAUUAUCAAAUUGCUGGCAAAGUACAAAAUUCUACCGGGAGAGUCGCACAGGAUGAGAUUUAAAACGGACUUGGUUUUACGUCCUGACGAUGUCAUUCCCGUUAAGCUAGUGAAACGCGAGCCUUAGCGGAGCGGAACACCGGAGGAUGCCGUAAUUAAUUAUAAGCUGAUGUUCAAGAAAGUUUGUUUUUUCGUUCUUCUGCGGCGGAACGGAUUAAAUAGGAAUGAGUGGCACAGGAACUUCAACGGAAACGUAAUUUAUUAUGUCCGCUAUGUAGGCAAACUUUUCAACUUCUUAGGUUUAGAGUGCUCCAUUUCACAUUACGAUUUGAAUGAAUUGAUGGAAAAUAAAAAGUUUAUAUGUUAGAAAUAUUA